AUGCGUUUGGAACAGAAGGUAGUGGUCAAGGCCAAUUUCAAUUUCCAACCGGCAUCACAGUGUACCACAACAGGUUGUUUAUUGCAGACCAGUACAACCAUCGCAUCCAGACAACAACAACAACAACAACAACAACAACAACAACAACAACAGCAACAACAACAACAACAACAACAACAACAACAACAACAACAACAACAACAACAACAACAACAACAACAACAACAACAACAACAACAACAACAACAACAACAACAACAACAACAACAACAACAACAACAACAACAACAACAACAACAACAACAACAACAACAACAACAACAACAACAACAACAACAACAACAACAACAACAACAACAACAACAACAACAACAACAACAACAACAACAACAACAACAACAACAACAACAACAACAACAACAACAACAACAACAACAACAACAACAGCAGCAGCAACAACAACAACAACAACAACAACAACAACAACAACAACAACAACAACAACAACAACAACAACAACAACAACAACAACAACAACAACAACAACAACAACAACAACAACAACAACAACAACAACAACAACAACAACAACAACAACAACAACAACAACAACAACAACAACAACAACAACAACAACAACAACAACAACAACAACAACAACAACAACAACAACAACAACAACAACAACAACAACAACAACAACAACAACAACAACAACAACAACAACAACAACAACAACAACAACAACAACAACAACAACAACAACAACAACAACAACAACAACAACAACAACAACAACAACAACAACAACAACAACAACAACAACAACAACAA